UACUUUGUAAAUUAGAAAAAAAUGUUCAUUAUGAAGCAGUUGUUGUUAAUUUUUGCGCUUCUGUAUAGUACCAAUGCCGGUAUUAGCCUGGACGGAGUGGCCAAAGCUAUUAAAGACAAGGCUUCGUCAGGUGUGACCAAUUUAGUAGAUGGAAUAAAGACUGACGCUAGUGCUAUUCAAAUUGGAGCUAACUCUGCUCUUGAUCUCGGCAAAGAGACAACAGGAGAUAUUUCUAAGACUUUAUUGGAUUUGAAAUUGGAAAACCUUGGGACACAAAAACGUACUCCAGUACCAGAACUAGUUAAAAAUGAAGGAUAUCCCGUAGAAAGUUAUUAUUUGACUACAUCCGAUGGAUAUAUUUUAAACAUAUUCAGAAUACCAUAUGGAAAAAGUGGCAAAAAACUUAAUAAAGUGGCAUAUUUACAACAUGGUCUUUUUGAGUCUUCCGAUGAUUGGGUACUGAUGGGUUCCAAAAGAGGUUUGGCAUAUAUCCUUGCCGAUGAAGGUUAUGAUGUUUGGUUAGGUAAUUGCAGAGGAAGCUAUUAUUCAAGGAACCAUACUCAAUGGAAUCCAGAUAAAGACUCGGAGUUUUGGCAAUUCAGUUGGCAUCAAAUAGGUACUACUGAUAUACCAGCAAUGAUUGAUUUUAUUCUUGAGAAAACCGGAGCGACUAAAUUGUAUCAUGUAGGACACUCCCAAGGUACUACCUCUUUUUAUGUAAUGGCUUCAAUGAGACCAGAAUAUAAUGCCAAAAUAGCACACCAUAUCAGUUUAGCACCCGUAGCCUACAUGAAUCAUUUAUUUAGUCCUUUAAUGAGAGCUAUGGCACUAGGUACUCUUCCUAUAGGCUUGACUUUGGAGUCUUUGGGUAAGAACGAAUUCUUACCUGGUUCGGGAUUCCUCAAUAUGCUCACAGAUAGCGUCUGUUCUGAAGGUGUAGGACAAGUAUUAUGUAAAAAUACUCUUUUUGCAAUGACCGGAUUCAGUCCAAAACAAAUGAACGUUUCUGAUUUACCACUGCUCAUGGCUCAUUAUCCAGCUGGUGCGUCCACAAAACAAGUCGAACACUAUGGCCAAUUGAUCAAUUCCGGUCGAUUCUGCCAGUACGACUUUACGAUAUUAAAAAACAAAGAACAUUAUGGCCAGAUCAUUCCUCCAGAUUAUGACUUAUCUAAAAUUACAGCCCCUAUUACUUUGAUGUAUAGUUCCAAUGAUUGGUUGGCUGCCGUAGUAGAUGUGGAAAAAUUGGCGAAGCAAUUACCAAACCUGAAGGAGAGUUAUAGGAUACCACUAGUGACUUGGAACCACAUCGAUUAUAUUUUAGGAAAAGACGCCCCAACGCUAGUUUACGAGAAAGUUGUAAGUGUUCUCUCACAAAAUUAAUAAAACAAGUUGCUAAUAAAUUCAUAAUAAAAAAUAAAAUGAA